AUGUCCUCCUCCUUCUCUUGUUGCUUUUGUCCUUCUCAUACUUCCGACGACCCUCCUCCUCCUCCUCCUUCCCUCUCGCCCACUAAUCCCAACGUCACCACCUAUUUGUAUCACACCCACCUCGGCUUCGUUUCCCUCACUUGGUCUCGCUCUGUUCUGGGUCGUUCCCUUCAUCUUCAGCUCCAUUACCACCUCCCCCAUCUUCAUUCUCCUCCUCCUCCUUCUUCUGCUUCUGCUUCUUUUCACCUCCACAUCAAGCCCUUCCUCUGCUGCCAAAAGCGCGGGGUCAAGAAGAUCUACCCCAACACCCGCAUCUUUUGGAAUGUUUCCAAAGCCAGAUUUGGGGCCGGACCUGAACCUCUCUCUGGUUUCUAUGUCGCCGUCGUUGUCGACAAGAACGUGGUCCUUCUGGUUGGCGAUGGCGUGAAGGAAGCUUAUUCGAGGACCCGAGCAAGCGAGCCCUUGACCCCUCAGAUUCUUGUUCUGAAAAGGGAGCAUGUGGUUGCCAAUAAGGUUUAUUCCACGAAGGCCAAAUUCGGAGGCAGAAUGAGAGACAUAGAGAUCGAUUGCGCUUCCGGAGACGACUCCAGGCUCUGCUUCAGCAUCGAUGGCAAAAGGGUGCUGCAGAUUAAGCGUUUGAAAUGGAAAUUUAGAGGGAAUGAGAAAGUGGAAGUGGAUGGGGUUCCCAUUCAAAUCUCCUGGGACGUCUACAACUGGCUGUUCGAGAAAGAGAGCGGCGAUGGGCAUGCGAUUUUCAUGUUCAAAUUUGAAGAAGAAGAUGAUGAUGAAGAAGCAGGAGGCAAGGAAACUGGGGAGAAGAGCUUGACGACUUUGUGGACGCAGCAGCAAAACUUGAGCGGAUCCAAUGAAUUGGGGAAGAGCUUUUCAUCAUCGUCAGUGUCAAUGUCGUCGUCGGCGAGGUCCUUGGGUGCCAACUCCUCUGUGCUGGAAUGGUCGAGCCUGGAGGAGAAUGAAUUGGUGGUUCCUGUUGGCUUUUCUUUGCUCAUUUAUGCCUGGAAAAGUUGA